AUGUCCAACGGCGCAGCAACUAGGCCAGGCCCGGUGGCGACGCUGUGGCCACCACCACGGUUUCUUUGUGCCCAGCUGAUGCCAUUCUGUCCAAAUCUUGCAAAACAGCCAGCAAUGUCCCUCAGGAAUCAUACUUUUCUGAAUAAACUUGGUUCUGUUGUGUACAGGAUCCCAGAAAACCAGAGUGUUGAAGCCACCUUCAUUCUCCUGGGAUUUUCAGAAUAUCCUGUUCUCCAGACACCUCUGUUCCUGUUAUUCUUAAUAAUUUACAUCAUCACUGUAGUAGGGAACCUGGGUAUGAUCUUGGUGAUCAAGAUCAAUCCCAAACUCCAUAUUCCAAUGUACUAUUUCCUCAGCCACUUAUCCUUUGUCGAUUUCUGUUACUGUACAGUCGUUACACCCAAACUGCUAGAAAACUUGGUUGUGGAAGACAGAACCAUCAAGUUUGCAGAUUGUCUGACUCAAUUCUUCUUUCACUGUACCCUUGUGGUGACAGAAGUGUUCUUGCUGGCUGUGAUGGCCUAUGACCGGUUUGUGGCCGUUUGUAAACCUCUACAGUACACAACUGUGAUGUCCCAUAAGCUUUGUGCCAUGUUGGUGGGUGCAUCAUACUCUUGGGGUGUAGUUUGUUCCUCCACUCUCUGCUACUUUCUAAUGAAUUCAUCAUACAGAGGAAGGAAUGUCAUAAACAACUUUCUUUGUGAACAUUCUUCCAUUACCUCUGUCUCUUAUUCUGACCCCUACAUCAAUCACUUGCUCCUCAAUGUCCUUGCUACCUCCAAUGAAGUAAGCACCCUGAUCAUCGUUCUUACAUCGUAUGCUUUCAUUUUUAUCACAGUCAUGAAGAUGCCUUCUACAGGGGGGAGGAAGAAAGUCUUCUCCACUUGUGCCUCCCAUCUCACUGCUAUUACUGUCUUCCAUGGGACCCUCCUCUUUCUCUACUGUGUUCCUAACUCCAAAAAUUCAUGGCUGAUGGUCAAGGUGGGCUGCGUCUUUUACACAGUGGUUAUCCCCAUGCUCAACCCACUGAUCUACAGUCUUAGAAACAAAGAUGUGAAAGAAACAGUUAGGAAAUUUUUUUGUAUGAAAUUAUGCAGUGAUAAAAUAUAA